AUGGAGCAGCAGAACAACCAACAGCAACAGCAGCCUCCUGCUGGCGGCGUACCAGGCCCAACUGGUCGUCGUCUGCACAUUGCUCACCGUCGAAGCCCCUCCGAGUUGACGCCUUUGGUGAGCAUGUUUGCGAACCCUGGAAUGGAGCAGCUUGCUAUUCAACAACAGAUCGAGCUUCUACAGCAGCAGCAGCAACAGUUGCAGGCUACACACCAAUACAUCAACAUGGGUAUGAUGCCGCCCGGACAGAUUGCUCCUGGUGGCUUCAACCCUAUGCAACAGGGUAUCAACAUGGCGCAGCAGGGCUUCCAGUUCCCGAACCAGCUUCCACAGCAACAAAAUGUUCAACUGGGAGCUCCGAGUCAGCCCAUGUCACAUCGCCGUAAUCAGUCGGCACUCCCCAAUAUGGGCAUGGGCCCGCCUCCCGCUCCUUCAUCGGGAGCUUCCGGUUCGACUUUUGGCCAUUUCGAUAACUCGCAGCCAUCCGGACGAGAGAACGCUUCCCGAGGAGGGCGGGGCGGCCCUCCGGCCGGAGGUGGACAUCAGCGACGACACUCCCUAGCUCUUGCUGAUGCCAAGAAGGCUGCCGAGAUCGCUCAGCAGAAGCGAACCACGUCGGGCUUUUCUUUCCCAGGCCCCAAUGCCUCGGACAGUGCCCCGGCAGAUGAUGCUAAGCCUGCAGCCACCACAACUACCGAUACCCCUAUUGCCCAGGGCUCCUCGGCAUCUUCUCGAGGUGGCCGCGGUCACGGACGCAGCCAGAGCAUGGCAGUUGGUGCCAACGGUCGAGGACAUGGCCGGGGCUCUGGUUCCAUUUCUAUCGGUAACGAGGGUGGUCAGGGCAGCGACUUUGGCAGCCGAGGCCGUGGCGGACACGCCAGAACCUCAUCCAGAAAUUUUGAUGGCAACUGGCGAACUCAGUCUCAGACUCAAGGCCAGGACCAAUCCGGUGGCCAGCAGUCUUUCCAGCCUGGCCAUCGAUCCCGUGCAUCGAUGAGCCAGUCGAUUUCGGGCGUUGGAGCCUUCCAAUAUCCCGGUCAGCCGCAGAUGGUGCAGGUUCCCGGUCAGAUGCCGAUGAUGCAGAUGUACCCUGGCCAGCUCAACCCCAUGCAGCUGAAUCAGCUGCAAGCUCUCCAGGCCGCACAAAUGAACGGCCAACAUCUGGUUGGUCUUCAAGGAAGCCAACACGCUCCUCAACUGAGCGGCCAAGCGAACCAGCAGCAGCAAAGGAAGACUCUCUUCACACCUUACCUCCCGCAAGCAACUCUUCCUGCACUGCUCGGCGAUGGUCAGCUUGUCUCUGGUAUUCUGCGUGUCAACAAGAAGAACCGUAGCGAUGCAUACGUCUCGACCACUGAUGGCCUCCUUGAUGCCGAUAUCUUUAUUUGUGGUAGCAAGGACCGCAACCGAGCUCUGGAGGGCGAUCUCGUCGCUGUAGAACUGUUGGAUGUCGAUGAGGUAUGGGGCCAGAAGCGUGAGAAGGAGGAGAAAAAGAAGCGCAAGGACAUCACUGAUACGCGGUCCGGAUCUACCGCCGGUACAAGUCAGUCCGGAUCUGCUAACGCCGAGGACGCCGGCGCGGGUGAGGGCGGCAUUCGCCGCCGUGGCAGUCUGCGCCAGCGCCCUACUCAGAAGAAGAACGAUGAUGUCGAGGUUGAGGGUCAGAGUCUGCUUCUUGUCGAAGAGGAGGAGAUCAGCGAUGAGGCCAAGCCGCUCUAUGCUGGCCACAUUGUUGCCGUCAUUGAGCGCGUUGCCGGUCAAAUGUUCUCGGGUACUCUUGGUUUGCUGCGCCCGAGUAGCCAGGCCACCAAGGAGAAGCAGGAGGCUGAACGUGCCGCCAGAGAUGGUGGCCGUCCUCAGGAGCACUCGCGCCAGCAAGACAAGCCCAAGAUUGUUUGGUUCAAGCCAACCGACAAGCGUGUUCCCCUGAUUGCCAUUCCCACGGAGCAGGCCCCUCGCGACUUUGUUGAGAAGCACCAGGACUACGCCGAUCGCAUCUUUGUUGCGUGCAUCAAGCGUUGGCCUAUCACAUCUUUGCAUCCUUUUGGAACUUUGGUUGAGCAGCUCGGCAAGAUGGGUGACCUUAAGGUGGAAACCGAUGCUCUGCUCCGUGACAAUAACUUCUCGUCUGACGAAUUCUCGGACGCCGUUCUUCGCAGUGUCAGCCUUCAGGACUGGUCGCUUGCAAAAGAGGACGAGGAUGCCAUUGCUACCCGCCGGGAUUUCCGCAGCGAGACGACUUUCACUCUCGACUUGGCAGGAACUGGAGAGCUGGGAAAUGCUGUCCAUGUGAAGACCGAAUCGGAUGGAAAGAUCGAAAUUGGUAUCCACGUGCCGGAUAUUGCACACUUUGUCAAGGCCAAUUCCCUUGUUGACCGUGAGGCUAAGAAGCGCGGCACCGCAGUUCAUCUGGUAAACCGAACUUGUGCACUUCUGCCACCUCAGAUUGCCAAUGAAGUCUGCACUUUGACCCCGGGCGAAGACAGACUGACUGUCAGUGUUGUGUUCCGCGUUAACCCGCAGACCGGCGCUGUCGCAGAAGGCGACACCUGGAUUGGUAGGAGUAUCAUCAAGAGCUCUGCCAAGCUCUCUUUGGAACAGAUUGACGAUGCCUUGACAGGUCAAUCUACCUUCAAGCACGAGACCGUUCAAGCCAAGGACGUCCAGAUCCUGAACGCUGUUGCUCAGAAGUUCCGGGAAGCCCGACUUGGCUCCGAAGAUGAGCCUAUCGCUCCUCUCAGGCUCCUCCAUCAAUUGGAUGAUGAGAAUAUUCCUAUCAAGCAUAACCUAUUUGAUUCCACAUCUGGUACCGAGCUCGUCGAGGAGCUGCAGCACAAGGUCAAUGCUUACGUCGCUCAACGCCUUGCUCAGGAUCUACCGGAGAAGGCCCUGCUCCGACGUCAAGGCGCCCCGAACGCACGCCGUCUGCAAACCUUUGUGGAGCGCAUGAGGGCUAUUGGAUACGACUUUGACACCACUAGCAGUGGUACUGUCCAGAACAGCCUCUUCAAGGUUGAUGACAAUGAUAUUCGCAAGGGUAUGGAGACUGCGCUGGUCAAGAGCAUGAACCACGCCAAGUACUACAUUAGUGGUAAAACCAACAAGCUGUUGUGGCCGCACUAUGCACUAAACCUGCCUCUGUACACUCAUUUUACUGCACCUACCCGCCGCUACGCCGACCUAGUUGUUCAUCGACAGCUCGAGGCUGUCCUUUCCGAGGGCAAGAUCGAGUACACCGAGGAUGUUGACAACUUGGUCAAGACGGUUGAGUCUUGCAACACCAAGAAGGAGUCUGCCCAGAAUGCUCAGGAGCAGAGCAUUCACAUUGAGUCAUGCCGCAUCAUGGACAGGAAGCGCCAAGAGGUCAACGGUGACCUCAUCAGCGAGGGUAUUGUCCUAUGUGUUUACGAGUCGGCCUUUGAUGUCUUGAUUCCCGAGUGGGGCUUUGAGAAGCGUGUCCACUGCGACCAGCUGCCACUCAAGAAGGCAGAGUUCCGAAAGGAGAAGAGAGUUCUGGAGCUGUACUGGGAGAAGGGCGUCCCCAGCUCUGCAUAUGUCCCCGAGGACGAGAGACCCAAGGCACACCAAUCCCAGAGAGUGUCCAAUGCCAUGGCGGCUGCAAAGCAAGCCGAAGAGGCCGAGAAGGCCAGAAAGGAGCGCGAGGAAGCUGCUCGAAAGCAAACCGAGACUGGUACCAUUUCUACCGAUGAUGUUGACGCACUGUUCGACGACGAUGAGGACAACAUGUCGGACGUGACAGAGUCCAUGGCAGGUGCAUCUCUUGCUGAGCGUCCCACGCAAAGCGUGCCUGGUUCGCCGACUCGAUCCACCUCCAACACUGGAGUCUUGCAUCGCACUCGAUCUGACUCAAAGGUCCCCAUGGCUGAAGCUGUCGAGACGCGCUUGACCAACAAGGAGAAGUACCUCAAGUUGUUCGCCCUGAGAGAGGAAGGUGGAGAGUACAUCCAAGAUGUCACGGAAAUGACGAGAGUGCCCAUCAUUCUGAAGACGGACCUCUCCAAGAGCCCACCGUGUUUGACUAUUCGCUCGCUCAACCCUUACGCUCUGUAG